CUGACGGAACAAGACAUGUAUUUCAUAGGAGAAGCCCAGCCCACGAUAUCCGAGUGGAGGCCAUGGUUAUUUGGGUCAGGGUUCAGAUUGGGCCAUGACCCAACCCCGAAUAGGGAUGCAGAAGCCCAAAGAUGGUUUAGAAGCUUCCAGAGAGGUCUCCAGCGAACGAAGAAGCUGUACCCGCAUCCAGUCAAAAUUGCACCACAGAUCUUGGGCUGCACCGGCCGCGAAUCUUCUCGAAUCUCCAAGGCUCAAGUUUCCAUAAUAAGCACGUUCGCUGAUUUGCCAAAUUUCCAACAAUCACUUGCUCCCAUCUGUGAUUCGUCGCGUUUUCCCCAGUUGCCUCUUGGCUUCAGAAUUGCGAAAAUGGAGGCGAGUGCGGCGGUAUCGACGGAGGAAGGGGCGCAAUCAGCUUCGUAUACGUACUGGGUGCGGGGGGUGAGCAGCGAUGCCGCGCCUUUGCCUGUGCCUAAGAAGAUUGACCCGGCGGACCUUUCCAAUCAACCUAACCAGACGCACCUUGGCUCCGCCUGGAAUCGGGCUGGGACAUGGGAAGAGAGAAGUUUAAACAAAUGGGCAACUGAUAGAAUUAAGGAAUUGCUUGUGUCUAUGGGAUCCUUGGAGUUUUCUGGAGGUAAAGCUGAAAUAACUGAAGUCACAAGAUGCUCUGGAGAUGCAAUCUUGGUGACUGUUCGAAACAAGAAACGUGUAGGCUAUAACUAUGAGUUGACCUUAAAAGUGAAUGGGGAAUGGGAUAUUGAAGGGGAAAAAAAGAAGGUAAAAUGCCACAUCGAUGUGCCUGAGUUCUCCUAUGGUGAACUUGAUGACUUGCAGAUUCAAGUAAGGCUCGGUGAAGAUGUGAAGACGCCGCAAGACAAGCACCGGCUGAACCAGGACUUGAAAUUAUUUUUGCAGCCUCUCCGGGAGAAACUUCUCCAAUUCGAAGAGGAACUGAAAUCGCGGUAGAGGAUGAUGGUAGAUUCUAUCUUGAUCUGGUGGUUUAAAUGGCAUCAACAUAUAUAUAUUGGCUUUAAUCACCAUUGCAAGUUGAUUGUUUACUAAAUGUUGUAAUUGUAAAACUGUUAACUGUAAUAGACAGAGAGACACCAAUGCUCAUCUCUGAACCAAAAUCUUAUGAUUCUGAACUAUUUGGUGCAAAUCAUAGUGACAAAUUUACCCUA